AUGCAACUAAUAAAUAUUAAUUUUGUUUUAAUAAUAUUUAUUUUAGUUUUUCUUUAUAGUAAUAAUUUUGUUGUAUCUCAAGCUUUAGCUCCAAGAUGUAAAACCACUAAAAAUGUGUAUCAAGGAGAUGCAAAAAGUAAAUAUAAUGGUAUGACCCCCACAAUGGAUGUGGAUUGGUGGUUUUUACAGCAACUUUCACGUAAUGAUGGUGGUGCUAUUUACACAGACAGCGAUUUAUCUGGUGAAAAAAUCAUAUCCGAAAUCAACAGUUAUUACACAAAAAAUAAUAAUGGAAUUCCAAAUCCAGUAACAGUAACAUACGAACAAAUACUGGAUCCUAAUAAUAAUUACAAUAGUAUUGCAUAUAAUAAUGAACCAAGACAUAAAGUAAAUAAUGAUCAUACAACUCGUGUUGAUCCAGGUGAAGGUGCCCAUGCCAAAGGUUUUUUUAUUUGGAAUAAACAUGGAGGUAUUCAUGUUAUUCAUAGUUAUCCUCAAUCACCUUUACAUGAUACCGCUGGUGAGUUUUUUGAAAAAAAAAUGAAAAACAACUUAGGUCAACAUUCAGUUUGUAUCAACUUAUUACCAGAUGAAUUAGAUAUUAUUCCAAAACUUUUAAUUUAUGGUGAUUUUAUUAUCAAUUCAAUUAAUGGUAAAAACAUUAGGGGAAAAACAAAUAAGCUAUCAAGUCUAUCCGAGUUUUCAGAUAUUGAAACUAUAGUUGGUAAUUUAAUCGAUAUCACCGAAUUUACAGCAGCUCAAAUCACUUCAUUGGAAGCCAUUAAGAAAACAUUUGAUAAAUUUGAUAAAGAAGUUUUCGAUACACUUUUAUUUGAUCCAAAUACAAAACAUUGGUCAAAUGAUAAAAUCGAAUUAUCAAAAUGGUCCACAGUCGCAAGUCUAAUCAGUAACAAUGAUUUUUCAUCAUAUGAUUUCAUAGCAGUGAAUGUUAGUGACUGUAUACAUUACAAUAAGGUAAUGGAUCAAUCCAAUGGUGAUGGCCAAUACUUUGUUCAAACCUCAAACAAAAACAUUCAUGAUGCUAUAAAUAAAACAGAUUCAUAUCCAUUAACAAAAAGAGGAUUUAAUAUGAUAUGGGAUUAUAUUGCAAAUUACUAUUCCACCAAACAUGGAAAAACAGGUAAAUGGCUUAUUAAUACAAUGCAGAAGGGUGGUGUAUCAGGUAAUGAUAAGAUGGCAAAUCAAACAGAUUUAAUGAACCUUGUCGUUAGAACUGAUGCACCAUGGUCCAAAAGUAAAUCUACAACAGAUGGUUCUCAACAUUCAAAGAUAUCAUAUUUAGUCGAUAACACUGGUAAUAUAUUUUGUAUUGGUGAUCUUAAUUGGCAAGGUAAACAGGAAACAAGAGGUGGUAGUGCAUUUUGUUCAAAAAAAUUAGAUUAUUUAGCCGAAUACUAUGAAAGACGUGUUGGUUUUAUUGCAGACCCU